AUGCCACGCCGUCCCACCAAGCCACUCCCCCGUCGCCACUUGCUCGAGACGGGAUACACUUAUACACCUCCCGUUGACGGGACGUCCAUGCAAGACGUUAAGGAAGCAAAAAUCCAGUUCGAGCGUGGAAGCGCACUUUACAAGGUUGGCGAGUAUGAGGAAGCCGCCGACGCCUUCAACGAGGCCUUCGCAUUCGGUUACGCACCACGCAAACCCAGACUCGCCCUGUGCAGGUCUCUCCUGCACCUCGACCAGGACAGCAUCGAGGCGGCCAGAGAGCAAGUGACUCGGGUGUGCAAGCGAAACGACAAACUGCCAGAGGGGAGUAUCAAGGCCGAUUAUUAUCCCAUUCGCAACGUGCAGGACGAGUAUGCGCGGCUUCAGUCCCUACUCCCACCGCCGCCGCCUACGUCAACUUCCCCGUGGGCCGACCUUCCGGUUGAGCUCAUUGUGGCCAUCGGCACCUUUGCCAUGGAGGCCGAUCCCAAAUGGAAGGACGUCGAUCCCGAACACAAGGUAACAGGACCCACAUACAAGGGCAAGGUUCCCAAGGAGCACGUUAAGCCCGACGUUGUCUUCAGCAUGACAGGUGUUUGUACAACAUGGCGCUGUGCAAUUUUGGGAGCUCCCGUGCUCUGGUCAAGGCUCAAGCUGUCCAAGAAAAGGCCAGUUCUCAAACUGAAGAUGUUCCUGGAACGCAGCAAGCAGUCGAUCAUUUUUCUCGGCCUUCCCUUAUUCCGGACCUUGAGGACCAGCCAGUGGGAGGCCAUUGCCGACCUCCUCGGUCCCGGGCUCGAUAAAGUGUGCCACUUCGAGGCUACCUACGCGGAGAAGGUACUGCAGUGGACAACCCGCGGGUGCCGUGAGCUUCAAGUUGAAAAUGAAUAUUUCAAGGUUGAAAACUACCAUGGACGUGUUGAGGGUAUCAUUCAGGACUUCCUCGAAGAGGCCUCCGUCUAUCGUAGCCAGUUGUGA